AUGAGUUUUACAUCUAACCAAGAGAACUUUAACUCCGCUAACUAGUAAAGAAUGUCUACAAACACUGAUAGCAGUAAUGGUUAUGAAAAGUGCAAUAUGAAGUAGGUUUUUGAGAAGAAUCAAGCUUCAGACUAAAAUUCAGCAUUAAAAAAGCGGGAACAGUUUGCAAUCUCACUUAGGAAGAACAAGCACUAGCAGGUGCUUUAGUCAAAGAGAAGAGAAAAUAUGCAGAGUAUGUUUUAAAGAACUUAAGAGGUUAUCAAGAGUGGAUCCUCCUUCUAAGAUUUCACAAGCCAAGAUUUCAUACCCAUUAAUGAUGAAGCCACUUUAAUCUAAAUGAUUGAGUUUCUGAACUAGGCUCACUCAAGAUUUCAAGAGAAUCAACUCUAAAGACUUAAAGUAGUAAGAUCAAUUAGACUGGGAAUCACAAAUGAGAGAACUAGUGAUCACAUUAUCUACUAUUUUGAGAAAAAUAGAAAUCAUAUGGGAACUUUCCUUGACAUUAUCAAAGAUGGAGAUGUAGAUCUUGAGAUUAAGAGCGAGGCUAUGUGGUCUCUAUGCACCCUAGCAUGUGAAAACAAGCUUUCAAACUAUAUCGGUACUGAUCUAAAUAUUCUUGAACAUUUGAAAGAUCUCCUACAUUAUCACUUCAUAGACAACCAUUAGAUAUUAGGGUAAAUUGAGAGAUAAAACCUUCUAACAUCAUAAGAAGCUUCAUUGUUAGAACAAACUCUAUGGACGAUUUCAAACAUUAUAUUAGAUUCUGCCAAAAUUAGAGUACAUGCUCUUGAUAUUAGGAUUGACUACUCUAUUGGAGUUAUUAUUCAUUCCUAUGGAUAACAAUUCAAUGAUCAGAUAUGGAGAGUCGUUAUUUGGCUACUGUCUGGGCUAUCAACUGGUCUUGCUUACAUGACUUCCAGUCAUCAUGAUGUUUUCAAUUAGUUCUUGGCAGUUAAUCUUAGCAGAGUCUACAAGAUGAUCAUGGAAACCUACAAUAAAAUAACCAAUGAAAAGGAAAAAUCAAAUAAGAUAGUAUAGUUGAAAGAAGAUAUAGCAGUGAUAGUUGAUUGCGUCUCCAGAGAUUGUGAAGAUGCUCAAAUUGAGGUUAUUGCUAAGAUGGAGCAUGUUCGCAGCCUCAUGAUGUCUUUUAUUACUGAUAAAAAUCCCAGAUAUUUUGUUCAUUGUGCUAAAUAUGUCGGAGACAUCUCUGCAGUAGAUGAAACAUAGGCUAAUUUCUUUAUAAACAGUGGCAUAUUGGAAGAAUUCGAUGUAUAUAUGUCAUUCUGUAGUAAAACUGAUAAAAUUAACAUCAUAUGGGUACUUUCAAACUUUGCUGCUAACUCUUCAAGAGAUGCUGAGAAAGUUGCUGGCUCUACAAUUAUUCAUAAACUUAUCCUUCUCCUCAACGAUAAAAACUAUGAUAUUAGAAAAGAAUCAAUUUGGACAAUUUGUAACAUUUGCUAAAGUAUUGAAGAUGAUCACGUAAUUGAUCUAGUUAUUAACUCUGGUAUUGUUCAAAGUGCUAUAGAUCUUUUCAUCCAUGAUAAAGAUUCUGGUCUUAUACUUUAUCUGACAAUGAAAGCUCUUCAAUUCUUGUUCACCAAGUCUCACAGAGCUAAAAAUAUUUUUAUAAACUUUGGAGGAGUCAGUAUGCUAGUUGAUAUGUAGAUCUGUGACUACAUUGAAGUCUAUAAGAUUGCCUCCGAGAUUAUAGAGCAGCAUUUUAAUGGAGAAGAGAUAGAUCAUUAGGAAGCAUUAAAGAUGUUCCAAGAAAAAGAAUCAGCAGUCUUUAAGCUAGAUUGA